ACGCGCCGCCGCACUCGCAGCACAAGAGCGUCCGCCCCUCCAGCCCAGCCACUCGCACCAGCUCGCCUCCUUCCUCCACGACUCGCUCUCGCCACCGGCCUCGCCCACCGCGUCGAUGGCCUCGUCGACGUUCCUCCCCGGCGGCGGCGGCGGCGGAUCGCGCACCCGCCUCUCGAGCUGCGCCGGCACGUCGUCGGCCCUCUCGAGCCACGAGGCGUCGCCGCGCAGCAGGAGCAGGAGCGCCCGGCGGCGGACCCGCACGCGCAGCACGAGCACGAGCGCGAGCGCGAGCGGGACACGGUCGGGCAGCACGGCGAGCAGCACGGCGAGCACGGAUGGGAGCACGCACGAGGACCACGACCGCGCGGGCGAGGUCAGCAGCGAGGACGACCACCUGGGCCACGCGAGCGGGCUCGUCAUGCCGAGCCUGCACCUUGACGCCGCGAGCGCGACACCGCCGCGCCGCUCGUCGCCCGCACGUGCACGAGCGUACGAGCGAGACGCCCCAGUGCCGCCGAGCGCGCGCCUCCUCGUCCUCGGCAAGUCGGCCGCCAACCGCCGCACGCUCGCGAGACUUGUCGCCCGCGACGGCGAGCGAGACGACGACGACGACGACGACGACCUGCGCCGCACGACGAGCGCCGCGUCCGUCGCAGGCGCGACCGACAUGUCGUACUCGUACCUGUCGUUCGGCCCGCCAUCGUCCUCGUCGCACGACCGCUGCGCCUCGCGCGCUCGGGCCGCCGCCGCCGCCAUGGCCGCCGCCGCCGAGCGCCCGACCGGCGCCUUCUUCGAGCCACUCGUGUGCGCCGACGAGCCCGUCGCGCUGUGGCACCCUGCGCGAGACGACGGCGACGCGCACGCGGCGGCCGAGCUCGUCGACGAGCUGUCGCGCCCGCUCGAGCGGCUCGAGGCCAAGCUCUCGCGGUCGUACCCGGCGACGACGGGCCUCGCGCAGGUGGUCGAGGCGGCUGGGUGCGGCGAGUUUGAAGCGUGCCUGUUCCUGUUCUCGUCGCCGCCUCUCGCGAGCGAGAUCGCCCUCGCGCGCCCCGUCUCGCACGUCCUGCCCGUCCUGCCCGUCCUCGUCCUCCCGCCGUCGCCAACGGGCAAGCCGCAGAAGACGGCGGCCCUGUCGCAGGCCGUCCAGGAGCAGCUCAACACGGCCGGCGUGAGGUGGGCGCCGGCGCUCGUCCUGCCGCGCUCGCCCGCGGCGGCGGCAGGUGGCGGCGCGAGCCCGCUGUACAUGCUCCCGCACGACCUGUUCGUCCAGCACGACGGCGACGACGUCGAGGAGCAGCGGCGGGUCCCGCACCACGUCCCCUCGGUCACAUCCAUGCCCGCCUCGUCGCCCGAGUCCGAGGACGCCCCGCCGUCGUCGCUCUCGUCCUCGCAAGAGUUCGUCACGCACCUCGACCAUCGAGCGGAAACGUCGAGCUACUACACCUCGGCGGGAUCGUCCAUCGCUGGCGACCAUCGCGAGCGCGAGUUCGGCCGACCCUCCUCGUCGGCGACGGCUGCGCGAGGCGCCGCUCGAUCCCUCUCGGCGUCGUCGCGCGCAGGGUCGACCUCGUCCCGCUCGUCGUCGCCUCGCCGCCACGGGCACGGGCACGGGCAGGCGCUCACUCGCUCGGCGACGCACCGCCCGCGCACCCUCUCGCUGUCUUCGUCCGCGUCGAGCAGCGCCGGCGCCCCACCAUCGGCGUUCCUCGAGUGGCGCGAGGUCGAGGUCGCGGCGAGGGCGUCGUCGGGCUCGAGCGCGAGGGAGGACUCGGUCGUCGAGCUGCCCGAGGUGUGGGGCGAGCGCGUGCUCGACGACGUCGAGGAGGGCGGCGGGACGGGCAGGCGCAUGCUCGACUUUUCGAGGCGGGUCGCCGAGCGGCGCAGGGUCCUUGGGCGCCGGGCAGCGUGUGGCACGCGUGGCGCAGUCCACGAGGACGGCGACGACGGCGACGUGCUCGCCGCAAGCGACGACGAGGGCGAGCACGUGGGGGAGCGCGACACGGGCGCCGCCUCGUUCGCAACCGAGCCCAUGACGCCGCGCUGCGCUCACCGGCCGCUCCUCUCGCCCAUCACGACCCGCAGCGCCCCUGUGCCCACCGACUCGUACUUUCCCGCCGUCGCGGCGUCGACGUCGUCGACCUCGCCCGUCGACCCGCUCGCCCUCUCGACGCACUCGCUCGCGCCCUCGACGACCAACUCGACCUCGUCCGGGGCACCCUCGAGCGCACUCGCCGCAUCGAGCGUCCUCGUCCUGCCCUCGGCCGACCCGUUCCACCUCCCCUCGCUCCUCCACCUCGUCGGCCUCAAUCUGCGCCUCGCCGUCUUUGCGCCGAGCUUUGCCUCGGCCUCUGCGUCGUCGACGGGCUCGGCUACCUCCCUCUCGGCGUCGUCGUCGCCGUCGGCGGCGUCGAGCCCGAGGCGGAGCGCGAGGAGCGAGAAGCGCGAGGCGGCAUGGGCGAUCGAGAAGGAGAACGGCGGAGCGACGCAGGGCGCGCCUCGCCCCUGGGCAUGGUGGCGCACCGCCGGCGUCGUCGGGCUCGUCUUUGCCGCCGGCGUCGCAGUCGGGACGGUUGUCGCGUCGGCGUCGGCGUCGGCAGCGUGCGAGGCGCACGCAGUCGGACCCGCCGUCUGGUCGUCGCGAGGGCGUCUUUGAGCGAGACUUGUUGCUUGUACUUUCGCGGCCCUUCAUCCAUCUCUUUGUUGCCUCUCCUACUCUGUCGGGCCAUCGUCCCUCUCUCCCGUCCUAUUGCCCUCGUCCUCCUCGAGUUCUCCCCCACCGUCUGUACCUCGCUCGUUCCUCUCUUU